GCGUCCCGCACUGUCAGCAGCUCAAGGUGUGGACUGUGGAGGUGUUAAGAAAGGCGAGCGGGACAUUGUGGCGUGCUUUCAGGAAAGGAGUGGAAGAGUCCUCGAAAUAUCAAGCCGGAGGUAUAAAAACCAGUCCGCCUUCACCCGGGUAUACGACAGCAGUAUGUGCGCGGAUGAGUGAUUGCCGUCACUCUUUGAAGUUGUAGAUAUACGAAGUCUUAAAUAUUUCGCGUUUAUGUGCUGAACUUUACAUACAUAGGUAGAUAAAGCGGAGGCGGAAGAACUCGCAAUACUGGUUGCCUUGAGUUUGUUUUGUUCGCUUCCAACUGGAUUAUCGUUGCCACCGUCAAAUAAAUGAAGUGACUUUCUAGCUUUGCGUCUAAGUUGAAUAAAAUUAUGACGGAUUUGAGGAAAAAGAAGCUCUUCGUCCUGGUGGACGUGCUGUGUGUUGUUGUAGCUUCUCUGCCCUUUGUGAUCAUGAAUAUUGCAUCCCAGCCGUAUGAGCGAAGCAUCUACUGCCAGGAUGAGAGCAUUGGUUACCCAAUAAAACCAGACACCAUCACACAUGUAACAUUGGCUGUAGUCACCAUCACCUUCACGGUCAUCAUUAUAUCGUUGGGUGAGGCGUACCUGGUGUACAGUAAAAUAAUUUACUCCAACUCUACCUUUAAUCAGUAUGUGUCUGCCAUAUAUAAGGUGCUGGGCACCUUCCUAUUUGGGGGAGCUGUCAGCCAAUCACUGACAGACUUGGCAAAGUACACCAUUGGGCGACCACGCCCACAUUUCUUAGCAGUGUGUGCUCCCAAAGUCUGCAAAGAAUACAUAUCCUCAGUCAAUUGCACUGGCGAGGCACGUGAUGUCACUGAAGCCAGGUUGUCCUUCUACUCAGGACACUCUUCCUUUGGGAUGUACUGCAUGUUGUUCUUAGCGUUCUAUGUCCAGGCAAGACUGAAUGCAAAAUGGGCUCGUCUUCUGAGGCCCACAAUCCAGUUCUUCCUGGUGGCCUUCGCUGUGUAUGUAGGUUACACCCGCGUAUCCGAUUAUAAACACCACUGGAGCGAUGUUCUGGUAGGACUACUCCAGGGGGCGCUCAUCGCAAUUCUCACUGUGCGAUAUGUGUCAGAUUUCUUCAAGGUCCAACCUUUUCCUCAGUGCUCGAGUCCAGAGACGAUGGAAAGUGAUCUUGCAGAGCGGAAACCCAGCCUACACUUGGGAGAAUCUGAGCACAAUAACCAUUACAGCUAUUCUGGACCUGUGUGAGAGGAGUGGGCAAGAUACUCACACUACAUCUCCCACAAACCACUGGACUGAUGGCAGGGGGUGGGACACGACAGCACAUGCUCAAAAUGUUUAUGCAUCACCAGCCUUAUUGAGAUAAAAGCUUCGGUGUCUCUUUCUGUCGUUUGCAUGACAGAGAACUCUACAUAUUUAAUCAAUUUUUUAAUCACAAUGAUUUUCUGAGGACCUCAAUAUUUUAAGGAACUGAAUCUAUUUUAUAAGUUUAAGUUGGUAUAUUGAACCAGAUUUUAUAUGAAGUGAUGGAUGGCAUGUAUAUUCUUUAUCGGAACUGUAAAUCUUAUCAAACUAUAGCUUAAAAUGGCACUUUGCUCUGUAGCUUAGCUUGCACUUCCCAUAUCAUUUGACAAACCCAAUAGAAAUGGGUCAUGAAAAGUCUGUCAUAAAUCACUGCUGCAUGAGCAAGUUCUAUCCUUUUAAUAGUGGAGUCAUUUGAAUUUUUCAUUAUUAUGCACCUAAAUUGUGAGUAAUCUGGCUUUUCUUCCAAACAGGGUGUGGACUGCAAACAAUAGAUAAAGAAAUGUUUAUAUGAUUUUGUUUCCCAAUGUUUAAAAGUGAGAUACCACUACAGCAGCUGUAAGCCUGUCAUGCUCUCAUUUUUUAUUUUUGCAUUUUUUUAAAAAAAACUAGCUUUAUUGAACUUUUUACUUUGUGAAUUUUUGUUUCCCAAAUUCUUAUUAAAUGUUUGUAAUAAUAGUUUGAUUGUUGGUUACAGACUUUGUUAUAAUUAAAUGGGAGCAAUUUAAAAAGCCAGUGACAUAAAAUUUGACCAUUUCAGGUGUUCUAUAAUGACAUUUAUUAACGCUAUUACACAAGAAAUCGACAUUGCUUCUGAAUGUUCAGGUACCCUGAAAUCGACCCCAUUUUGGCAUUUGUAUGUCAAUUCAGAUGUGAUCUCCUUUCAAACUACAAAUGCAACUCACUUUUGGCUCCACCCUGUGGAAUUUUCUCCCUGAAAAUUGAACUCUCCUGUGCCCAUGCGAGCCAACACUUCCAGCUUCGGCCAUUGGGGGUAGUGGUUUGAAUUUGAGCUGAAGGAUGUACGACCUACGGUUGCUUAAGUUUCAGCCAUGUUUGCUACAAGAAAUUCUAGAGUCUCUUUUGAUGCAAUUUGCGCACUGGUGAAAAACAUCAGCACAGCCAUUUCAUUUUUGCAUAUCCAGUUAGCAUAAUUUGAUCAAGAAGUACUUUAUCAAUAAUGAAUGUACUUAUGCAGGCAUGAACAAACAUUAACACAUUCCACAUUAUAACUGUACUCAAAUUGUUUCACAUUCUGAAAAGAUCAUAUCACCAGAAGUGGUUUUCAAACACGUAUGAUCGUAUUAGGUUUGCAUACUUUGUUUACUUUUGCAAUGUUCUAUUGGGUGCUUCAAGCACCGCAGUAGCCAAGCCUCUAAGGCUGAUCAUUUAUUCAUUGAAAGCUAAACAAUAUAACUACAAAAUAAGUUAGUCAUAUAAAGUUUUUGCACUCCAAAAUAAUUCAGACCCUUUUAAAACGAGAUGUACGGAAUGUGGUUAGCUUAUAUCUUACAAGUUAUUUUAAACUAUAGUCAGUAAUUCAUCCUUCAGUUUUCUGUAAAAUUGAAGGCUGAAAAUGCUUAUUUUUCUCCUUACAAUGCCAUGUCAAAGUUGAGGAAUUGCAACAGGAAUACAGUAAAACUGGUUGACUAUAUGUUAUCAUGCUUCUUACACAGCUACUUAAAUAAAUGUACAUGAAAUAUAGAUUUGAGUUUAAAUUAUUUCAUUAUGUGAGAAGAAAGACACCCAGAAAGACACUAUAUUAAACUUACACAGCUGUGUGUGGUAAAUUGAAUUAUAUAUUUUAUCUCCCAUUAUACAAAAGCAUUUGACCACAGAAUGCAACAAUUGACUAAUCAGAAUCAAGUAUUCCACAGAGCUGUAUAAUAACUGAAAAUUAAAUUAGUAGUGGUAAUAAGAUAAUAAUAAAAUAAAAAAACAAUUAUAAGCAUAAUUUAGUGGGAAAGGGUGAAUUUACGACUUAGAACCUUUGAUAGCUCAAUUAAACCCAAAAUGAGAUAUGAGCCCACUUUUAACUGCAGGGGUUCUUUUUCACUUGGUUCACAUUUUAGUCCUCUAAGAGGUUUGUAAAGUUCUAAAGGAUUUCUUUAAAAAGAAUCUAACUGUAAAAACAGUAGAAAAACCCAGUAGCUGCCACAUAUUUUGAGUCAUCUUUAAAGUUCUUAGUGACACUUUAAAGAAGCAAUCUUGUCACUACAUGCAAAAAGAGUCUAAUCUGCAUAUUGAUGUCAGAGGUGGGACAUUUUCAAAACACUUGAUCUUCUUUGUGUUCCGACAGGUAGGUGUCUAGGCAAACCUUGGCCCACCCGCAUUUAAUUGAAUGUACCCAAUUUUUUAAUUCUUUAGUAGUCUGAGAGCAUGUGCUACUAGGCACUACAACCACUGGCCUUGGUGGUAACAACAGACUGAUCACAUUGCGAAUUCGACAAAAGUUGGUCAAAAUCUUGCUGCUAAAAUUAGCCUAUGCUUAACGAAAUUCAAAUUGCUGCCCCAAUGGCCGAAGCUGGAAGUGUUGUUGAACGGAUGGGCACGUGUGAUCUCCAGUUUCCAGGUGAAAUGUCCACAGAGUGGCAUUAAAAGCAAGUUGUACAUUUAGUUGUAUAUAAAGAAAUAUAGUCAACAGGAAUGCAUAAUUAACUCUACCCCCUAACCCAAACCCCUAUCCUACACUUAACCGUCAAUGGCAUAAAAAUGCAAUUUUAGAGCAAAAUUACAAGCUAAUAAUCAUGCUCACCAGUGUUUAUAUGAACACUAUUACUUCCUGGUUCCCAUGGGACCAGAACCCAUAUUUUAUCUAAGGCCAUUUCCUCUAUCUAAAUCUAGCAAAGUAUUGUUGGCCAAUUUUCUCUAUUUAGCUUGUCACGUUGCACAACAUCCCUGCUUCAGUUGUUUUCUACUCUCAAUGACCCACACCCUUAAAAUAGUGUUCAGUGCUGCAAAGCCAUGUACACCUACAGGACCAGAAUGGCACAAUUACUGCUUCCAUUUUAGUCCUGUUGGCCAUUUAAUUUCAGUAUAUGCUGGUCACAUCCAUUUUCUUUGAUUGAAUGCAACAUAUUUCUUCUUCAGACCUGCUUGAUGUUCUCUAAAAGAGGCAGUUGUUUUACAAUUUUUGUCUUUGUGUUUGACAUGGAUUAGUAAUUAAUCUAUAAUUAAAAUAAAAUGUAAAAGCUUCAAUACUCAUGUGCUCUCUAACAGUAUUGAACUAGAUUUUUUAAUUUUCUAAACAAAAUGAGUAGCUUUUAGCAUGUUGCAUUAAGGUUGAUAGGGAGUUCUGGGUGGUUGCUAGGUAGUUGUUUACUGGGCCAUGUCAAAAGAGCCAAUCCCCAAGUCCCUGUUAUUCUGGUCUCUAGAAAUGGCUCAGGUCCUUCCAUUAAUGCAUUUUUUUAUCACCUGGUAAAAAUGUUAAGAUUUGAGGUAGCAUUUAUGUCUAAAACACAAACGUUGCAAGAUUAAUUAUGUGUGGAAUAACAUUUAGGGUUCAAGGUUUGUUUUAAACUAA